UAUGUAUUAUCACUUUUAGACAUUAUAGCAUAGGCAUAUGAUCCCUGAGCAAAAUUAAAGGAGACAAGCUCUGCAACUACCAUAACUUCUGCAUGGAAGAACCUUUGGGACCUCAAGCAGAAAGUAGAGUAGUAAUAGCCUGGAAGCCUCACUAAGUUGAGGAGGCAAAAAUUGGAUUUUAAAGAAACUUAGGCACCUAUAAGUUGUAGGGCCAGGUUCUAAAAAGAAUGGAACUAUGUGGAUAAAGGAACUGCAGACAUCUGUAUAGGGGCCACCUUGAGUCUUUUGCUGAAUAGUAGGACACAAAUGCAGAAUGGGACUCCAUGAGGCCAGGCAAUGAAUACCCAGGGAAUUGUUAGCAAAACAUUUUCCAGAUUCGUACACAGGAAUUUGUUUAACUCUAAUGAGACAAGAGUGAAGAGUCCUUUGGAGCCCCCAAGGUAUUCAGUGGAGAAUCCUAUGGGUUUGUCAUAUAGUAAAGACAGAAAAAGUCAUCAGAGGGAUUAGAUAGAUGUGUAAAUAAAUGCCUUCUAAAACAAAGCCUAGUUCUUUAUAGAAUGAUUGUGAACACUCAGCAACAGUAGUGUAACAUCAGUAUUUUUCAUUAUCUAUGCAGAAAUUACCAGACAUGUCCAAGAAACGGGUCCAGUGUAUCCUCUAGCAAGGAGAAAAAUCAGUUCAAACAGAUUCAGAAUUGACUGAGAUAAUGGAUCUAGCAGACCAAAGAUGUUAUUGUAGCUGUUUACCAAAAGAAUUAGUGGAACUCCAUUUGAAGUUGAUGAGGAAGAUUGGCAAAUCUGUUACAGCAGAUAGAUGGGAAAAAUAUUUAAUCAAGAUAUGCCAAGAGUUUAAUAGCACCUGGGCAUGGGAGAUGGAGAAGAAGGGCUAUCUUGAAAUGAGCGUUGAAUGCAAACUAGCACUCUUAAAGUACCUCUGUGAGUGUCAGUUUGAUGACAAUCUCAAGUUCAAGAAUAUUAUCAAUGAAGAGGAUGCUGAUACCAUGCGUCUCCAGCCAAUUGGCCGAGACAAAGAUGGCCUCAUGUACUGGUACCAGUUGGAUCAAGAUCACAAUGUUAGAAUGUACAUAGAAGAACAAGAUGAUCAAGAUGGCUCUUCAUGGAAAUGCAUUGUCAGAAAUAGAAACGAGUUGGCUGAGACUCUUGCACUCCUGAAAGCACAAAUUGAUCCUGUACUAUUGAAAAGCUCUAGCCAACAAGACAACUCUUCCCGGGAAAGCCCCAGCUUAGAGGAUGAAGAAACUAAAAAGGAGGAAGAAACACCUAAACAAGAGGGACAGAAAGAAAAUGAAAAGAUGAAAAGUGAAGAACAGCCAGUAAAUUCAGAAAAUCGUUUUACACCCAAUGCACCGGAAGAGACUACUGUGAAAAUAGAAAAAGAUGAUGAAAAGGAACUUGUGAAACUUCCAGUUAUAGUGAAGCUAGAAAAGCCUUUGGCAGAAAACGAAGACAGAAAGAUUAUCAAAGAAGAAAGUGAUUCCUUCAAGGAAAAUGUCAAACCCGCUAGAGUUGAAGUGAAGGAACAUAGAGCAGAUCCUAAAGAUAUGAAAGGUAGCUUGGAGAAACUAGAGCCAGAGAGACUAGAGUUUGGUGGCAAUGUUAAAUCUCAAGAAAUUACUGAAAAGUCUACUGAAGAAACUGAGAAACUUAAAAAUGACCAACAGGCCAAGAUACCACUAAAAAAACGAGAAAUUAAACUGAGUGAUGAUUUUGACAGCCCAGUCAAAGGACCCUUGUGUAAAUCAGUUACUCCAACAAAAGAGUUUUUGAAAGAUGAAAUAAAGCAAGAGGAAGAGACUUGUAGAAGGAUUUGUACAAUCACGUCUUUGGGUCAUGAAGGGAAACAACUGGUAAAUGGAGAAGUUAGUGAUGAAAAAAUAACUCCAACUUUUAAGACAGAACAAAUUGAGACAAAGUUUUAUGAUACAAAAGAAGAUAGUUGCAGCCCUUCUAAGGACAAAAAUGUCAUUAUGGAGGGAAAUGGAACAGAAUCCUUAAAUUCUGUCAUAACGAGUAUAAAAAUAGGUGACCUGGAGAAACAAGUGAUCCCUAAAGGGAAAAAUGCAGAUAAUUCAAUAUCAGUAUUAGAGAUGCAGUGUCAAAAAGGACAAAUAGAGGAACCUGGUCCUCCCGAAAUGGACACUUCUCAUGAGAUUUCUGAGGCUGCCGAGGAUAUGUCUUUAAAAGCUGCUUUAUCUACCACUGAAUCCUGUACUUUGAACAUUGAAGAGAAAUCUCCCAAAAGUAAAAAGGAUAAACGCCCACCAGUCAUAGAAUGUCUUGAAAAGUUAGAGAAGUCCAGAAAGACAUUCCUUGAUGAAGACACACAAAGAUUGAGUCCAAUACCAGAGGAGGUUCCAAAAAGUACUCAAGAAUCAGAAAUGCCAGGCUCUCCUGAGGCGGUUGAACCUUCUUCACCUUCUAACAUGACUGGCCAUUGUGAGAAACUAGCCUCUGAAAAAGAAGUGGUUGAGAGUCAGAGCACAAGUUCCAUUGAUGGUCUGGAAAAAGGAGACCCAGAAAUGUUAAAAGAAGAUUCUGAACCCACAAAGGUAGAAAUGGAUAAUCUGGACAAUGCCCAGAUCUCUGGCACAGAUCCUUCUGAGGCAAAGGGUCCUAUGCAAAAAAGCAAACUUAAAUACAAGUUGGUUCCUGAGGGAGAAACCAGUGCCUCGGAAAACACAGAGAUAACCUCUGAAAGGCAGAAAGAGGGCAUCAAACUGACAAUUAGGAUAUCUAGUCGGAAGAAGAAGCCAGAUUCUUCUCCCAAAAUUCUAGAAACAGAAACUAAUAAACAAGAGAAAACAGAAAAGGAAGAAGAGAAAGUAAAUGUAGGCCGUACUUUAAGGAGGUCUCCGAGAAUUUCCAGACCCACAGCAAAAGUAGCUGAGAUCAGAGAUCAGAAAGCUGAUAAAAAGAGAGUAGAAGGAGAAGAUGAAGUGGAAGAAGAGUCAGCAGCUUUGCAAAAAACAGACAAAAAAGAGAAUUUGAAAAAGUCAGAGAAGGAUACAAACUCUAAAGUAAGCAAGGUAAAACCCAAAGGCAAAGUUCGAUGGACUGGUUCUCGAACACGUGGAAGGUGGAAAUAUUCCAGCAAUGAUGAAAGUGAAGGAUCCGACAGUGAAAAAUCAUCUGCAGCUUCAGAAGAGGAGGAAGAAAAGGAAAGUGAAGAAGCCAUUGCAGCAGAUGAUGAUGAACCAUGCAAAAAAUGUGGCCUUCCAAACCAUCCUGAACUAAUUCUUCUGUGUGACUCUUGUGACAGUGGAUACCACACUGCCUGUCUUCGUCCUCCUCUGAUGAUCAUCCCUGAUGGAGAAUGGUUCUGCCCCCCUUGCCAACAUAAACUGCUAUGUGAAAAAUUAGAAGAACAAUUGCAGGAUUUGGAUGUUGCCUUAAAGAAGAAGGAGCGUGCUGAACGCAGGAAAGAGCGCUUGGUGUAUGUGGGUAUCAGUAUUGAAAACAUCAUUCCUCCACAGGAGCCAGAUUUUUCUGAAGAUCAUGAAGAAAAGAAAAAAGAUUCAAAAAAAUCCAAAGCGAAUUUACUUGAAAGGAGGUCAACGAGAACACGGAAAUGUAUAAGUUACAGAUUUGAUGAGUUUGAUGAAGCAAUUGAUGAAGCUAUAGAAGAUGAUAUCAAAGAAGCUGAUGGAGGAGGAGUUGGCCGAGGAAAAGAUAUCUCCACCAUUACAGGUCACCGUGGGAAAGACAUCUCUACUAUUUUGGAUGAAGAAAGAAAAGAAAAUAAACGGCCCCAGAGGGCAGCUGCUGCUCGCCGGAAGAAACGCCGGCGACUAAAUGAUCUGGAUAGUGACAGCAACCUAGAUGAAGAAGAGAGUGAGGAUGAAUUCAAGAUCAGCGAUGGAUCUCAAGAUGAGUUUGUUGUAUCUGAUGAAAACCCAGAUGAAAGUGAAGAAGACCCACCUUCUAAUGAUGAUAGUGACACUGACUUCUGUGGCCGGAGACUGAGACGACAUCCCUCCCGGCCAAUGAGGCAAAGCAGGCGUUUGCGGAGAAAGACCCCGAAGAAAAAGUACUCUGAUGAUGAUGAAGAGGAAGAGUCUGAAGAGAAUAGUAGAGACUCUGAAAGUGACUUUAGUGACGAUUUUAGUGAUGAUUUUGUAGAAACUCGGCGAAGGCGAUCAAGGAGAAACCAGAAAAGACAAAUUAACUACAAAGAAGAUUCAGAAAGUGAUGGUUCCCAGAAGAGUUUACGACGUGGUAAAGAAAUCAGGCGUGUUCAUAAACGCAGGCUUUCUAGUUCAGAAAGCGAAGAGAGCUAUAUGUCCAAGAACUCUGAAGAUGAUGAGCUAGCUAAAGAAUCAAAGCGGUCAGUUCGAAAGCGGGGUCGAAGCACAGAUGAAUAUUCAGAAGCCGAUGAGGAGGAGGAAGAGGAAGGCAAACCAUCCCGAAAACGGCUACAUCGGAUUGAGACGGAUGAGGAGAGUUGUGACAAUGCUAAUGGAGAUGCAGAUCAGCCUGCCUGUGACAACCAGCCCAGGGUUCUGCCUUCGGAACAGGAGAGCACCAAGAAGCCCUAUCGGAUAGACAGUGAUGAGGAAGAAGACUUUGAAAAUGUAGGCAAGGUGGGGAGCCCGUUGGACUAUAGCUUAGUGGACUUACCUUCCACCAAUGGACAGAGUCCUGGCAAAGCCAUUGAGAACUUGAUUGGCAAGCCCACUGAGAAGCCUCAGACCCCCAAGGACAGCAACACAGCCAGUGCAGGCCUGGCCCCCAAUGGAACAAGUGGUGGGCAAGAGGCAGGAGCACCGGAAGAAGAGGAAGAUGAACUUUUGAGAGUGACUGACCUUGUUGAUUAUGUCUGUAACAGUGAACAGUUAUAAGACUUUUUUUCCAUUUUUGUGCUAAUUUAUUCCACGGUAGCUCUCACACCAGCGGGCCAGUUAUUAAAAGCUGUUUUAUUUUUCCUAGAAAACUCCACUACAGAAUGACUUUUUAGAAGAAAAAUUUCAACAAACCCUGAAGUCUUUCUGUGAAGCGACCAGUUUUGAACUUUGAAGAUAAAUAAUUGCUGUAAAUUCCUUUUGAUUUUCCUUUUUCAAGUUCAUGGUCCUUGGUAAUUUCAUUCAUGGAAAAAAAAAAUCUUAUUAUAAUAACAACAAAGAUUUGUAUAUUUUUGACUUUAUAUUUCCUGAGCUCUCCUGACUUUGUGAAAAGGGGUCGAUAAGAAUGCAUUCCAGAUCUGUGAGGGCCCAAGACAGAACUAGGGGUGGGAGAAAGCACUUGUGCUUUAGCUUUUUCAUAUUAAAUAUAUAUUAUAUUUAAACAUUCAUGGCAUAGAUGAUUAACAGACUGUUUAAAAGUGCAAGUCUGUAUUGUUGCAGUGUGAGAAUUGUAGAUAACAUCAUACAUAAGUCAUGUAGUAAUAGCGUUCAUGAAAUCAACUUGUUUACUCUUGGAGAUAACCACACUUAAUAAAGAAAAGACCGAGAAAGUACCAUCAAAAAUCUCAAACCUAAGUUUCUGUUCUAGCGGAGUUUCUUGCUUAAAAAAAGUCAUCCGAAAGCAUUUGUACAGUAAAUGUAUAAUGAAGCUUUGACAACCAGAUUGUGCUAGCAGCAAAUUUCUAAAAACAGCUUUACUCAGUGGUGAUGUGGUGGCCUCAAAUAUACUAUCAUGGAGAGUUAUUAGUGAAAUGAGUGUGGUCUUUCUUAAGUCCCAGGUGGACUAAACUUUGCAGAUAAUGUAACUCUUUCUCGUCUGGCCACUAAAUAUUUAAGUAUCUAAAAUAUCAUUUUGAAAGAAACGCAUCUAUACAACAUACAUGAAGAGAUGCUAAACUGACAACGAUAUUUUAGCACAUUUGAAGAAGGGGAAAGGAUUUUCAGGUGAAUUUUAACUGGUCUAUUCUUGCCCUUAGUAUCUACUUCAAAUUGAAGUCUACAAACAAAGCAGUUCCUUUGGGAGGUUUUUAGUUUUGAGUUUUAGCGUGUGUGUGUCUGUGUGUCUGUGUGUGCGUGUGUAUGUGUGCGCGCACACGCGUGUGUGUUUCUGUGUGUGUGUUGGAAUUUCCUAUCUGCCUGGAUAUAUUAGCAGGGUUUGAAUGUAGUUUUGGCCUUUGGCCAUUAGACUUCUAUUAAAAUUCAUUAAUAGUCAUAUGACCAACAUAGAGUUGAAUGAGAACCAAUAUACAGUAGGCAUGACAUCCAUUUCAAACAUCUCAACACUUUAAAAAGAAAGAUACGCCCUUUAUUUCAAGAAAAAGGAGUUUGUAACUAAAGAAAUAUGUAACUUGUAAUUGACACUAAAAUAUGAACUUUGUCUUAUUUAGUUUCUGUUACAGCUGUAAAAUUUCAGGCAGAGCCAUAAAUAACAUUGUACAAAGUAUAGCACUUGUGAUUAAACCUUGCCUGUCAAAUUCUGAAACCUUCAGCCAUUACUUCUGUGAAUACUUUAGCCCUGGGAUUUGGGUUUUUCUGUUCUGUGUUGUGUCUGUUGCCGGCAAUGGACACACCAUAUCUGCUGCUGGCCCACGGAACUUCAUUCAUUUUUCUUUCCAAAUUAAGCAUCAUAUGUAUUAGUCAGUGUAUAGUAAAGCACUUCUUUUUUACUACUAAAAAGCUGGCAUUAGAUUUGCAUUAUAAAUACCUCUCUAGAAAUUUUAUACUCCUUUUCCUUCUUCAACAGGUGUUGCCCUUAAAUCUUAUCUCUUGACUUUGAGAGUUUAUAGCUGUCGUUUUUCAGUUGUUGUUCUUUUGUUUGUUUUUUUGUUUCACUUUAGUUCUGUAGUACCUGCCUAUUAAUAUUUUGCUUUGAUUCUAGCAAUGUAUAUGUAUCUGUAUAAAAAAUAAAAUAAUGAAAGCAGCCUAAAAAUAGGAUGCACCAAUAGCAUGUGGUUCCAAGUAAGUUGUGAUUUUUAUUUUGAGACAAUGUUCCCUGGAAGGGAGGGAAGGGUUUACAUUCACAGACAGUAGAGUAGGGCUGUAUACGGAGCCACAUUUACUUACCAAAACUCCUUUCUAGCUAGGUUUGGCUCAUUUAUUUGAAAGUUGAUUAAGAAUGUUAGUCUUUUUAACUAUCUAAAACAGGCAGACAACAAAAGGAUGCCUGCUGUCGCAAGGUAAGUGGUGCGAAUGCACAGUGGCCUAUCCCGCAAUGCAGUCUCCACCCCAGUCUACCGUUUUAGUCUUGCAGCUGGGUAAAGCCACUUUGGGGUAGAAAUGCUCAUGUUCCCUGUCACUCUCUGGACUCCACACCAGUUCCCGCUUCCACAGAUUAGUUCUUCUUAGCUGAGCACGUGAUAAGAAGUCUUAAGUAGGGAGAUUAUUUAUUUUAACAGGAUGCCUAAUGUGAAGUAAGGAGUUCUCUUUACCCUUCUGCUAUAGAAAGCCAAAGGUAAUUUUUAUCAUAGUAAAGACUGAGUAUUCCAUUUGGCAAAUAUCCCAUUAACUGAGUUAUGAUACCAUUUUUGCUGCCUGAUCUUUACCAAACUUAAAUUAUGUGUUUGUGAAUUUGAUAGUGAGUGUAUCUGUUUUAACCUUAUAUUGUGAUUAAACCAGUUAACUAUGCUUCACCUACAAAGAGUGCAAUCCAAGCAGCUGAUACUUCCACAUUAUUAUGUAUAUAGACCGAUUAUGGAUAAUUAAAUUUUGAACAGUUCAAAAACAUUUGUUGCGGUGUUUAGAUUUGGUCCCUCAAAGGCUUCCAAAUUUUUAAUUCACUGAAAUAACUCUGUGCUUUGAAGUUAGAAAAAAAUUAGGAAGAAGUCAAUGUUCUUUAUCCAAAGAUACAAUUCAGUCACUAGGAACUAGACAAAGUACAAGAAAGCAGUGAUUCAUCUGGAGUUUAGAAUAUCUUUGAACCUUGUUAUUAGAGUAUAAACCAUGGGUUUAGGUUCACAGUAAUUACUAUAUAAUAGAGUCCCUUAAUCCUUUCAACCCCUUUUUUUAAAUACCAGUAUCAAACCCCACAUUUAUAGCAAAUGUAUUAAUAGAGGAGAUGUAGUUUAGUUUCAGAAUAUUUAGCGUGCAAUUUCUGUAAAGAUUUGAAAAUUAGCCCAGUUUUCACAAAGCAGAAGCUUUGAAUUAAAGUGAAAUAUAUGUGAAAAGAACUCAGAAAAUAACAUUUUGGUUUUGUAGACUUGUGCUGAUGAAAUAGUGGUUAAGUGUAAAACAUUUUCCAUUGUUAGCACGUUUCUGGAAAAUGAUGGCAGAGAUAUUGUCAAGAGCAUACCUGAUACACUGAGGUUGUGUUUCCUUAACACUUCCUUUUCCAGUUGGUCAAGAUUGCAGAUUCAGAGCAUAAAGAGGAGUUUCGUGUAGAAUAAAUUCAUGUCUAUCGAUAAUUUUUUAAAAUGUCACCUGCCAAAGAACCAAGGGCUUUGAAUGUUAGAGAAGUUGUUGGGGAAAAAAGAUUUUAAACAUUCAUUUUAAAAAAUAUUGCAAUUUCCACUUUUCACUUUUUGGUUGAUAGAACCCAUCCCAUGCUAUACAUUUGAGCAAAGUACAUAUAUUUAAAAAAAAUGUAGCUGUUUACUUGUAAUUUAGAGUUAAAAUAAUGGGAAGAUAUUAACUAUUUUUAAGUGGGAUUGAUGAAGUUUCCUUUGUCACAAGUAAUCCCGUUUUAGUUUGUGGAUGUAAGAGAUGGUAAUCAUUUACUAGAUCUACCACACAACUGAAAGGAAGCUGAUGAAUCUACAAGUUUAAUAUUCAGAAAAACUUGUGAACUCUGCCCUUCACAACACAGUGGAAUGAGUCUAUGAUUCAUGGCACUGCCUCACAGCUAUAGAACAAGUAUUAAAAACCCAGUUUUUUAAAAAUGAAAUGAACAUAUAUAUGUAUACACACAUAUGUAUAUGUAUGUAUGGGUAUAUAUACAUACCUUAGAUAAGAAAAUGAAUCCUUUGAAAUCAUUAACAUAAAAGAUAUAAGGCAAAUAAUUGUAACUGAUAGGAAAUUAUGAACAUUGGAUUAGAGAAAAUCUAGAGAAAAAUAGUGAAGUUCCUCUUCUUGGCUUGACAGUCUAAAAAUAUAUUCCUGCCUUUCCCAAAAAGCAGAAUGCCAAGACUGCAUAUCUGCUAUAAUCUACCUAGUCCUCUACUUAAUACCUAUUAUUAACUUCCUUAGAAUAAAAUCCAUUCCUAUUUUAUCCACCAUUCCCAGUGUGUAUCUGUAUACAUACCCACCUUGCAAGUGGCAAACUAACUGCUGAUUUGCUUCAUUGUUUUUAUUCUAAUCUUGAAAGACAAGGCCCUUCACUAUCGGUGUAUUUAAACCGGGUUAUUGUGUUCUGUGUACACUUCAAAUUUUAUUUUUGAGAUAUUUCACUUCAAUAUCAUUUAACAUUUUUUGAGUGCCAAGAAUUGCUAUGUAAUAUUGUUCAGAGUCAUUCCCAAGCAAGCAAACAGUCGUAAGCCAAAAUGUAGUGUGUUUGGUAUAUAACCACUACAGACUGUAUGCGCAACCUUUUUUUAAACUGUUAUUCACAUAAACCCUCUCAGAAAUCAUCCCCCCUUGCCAUUUUAGUCAUGUAAGCUCUUGUUUCAUUUUAUAUUCACACUAUUUCACUGUGGAAAAUGCUUCAAAUCUAAUUCUGGCACGUUGUUAACGAUUUCAAUUAAUGAAGAUGUUUUUAUUUUAAUAACUUAAGAUAAUGUCUAUCCUAUGCGUAAGUUAUAUACAGGGCAUAACAAAUUAUUAGAUGAGUAGAAAUUUAUUAAUUCAGCUCUUCAGACAUUUUGAAUGAAAAAAAAAACAUUUUUAAAGUAACCACAUUUGUGUUUUUUGCCAAACCGGUACAAGCUAGAAAAUGCACUAAGGACUGAGUGACCUGCCUUGUUCUUUUUGCCACUGGAUGAUGUAAGUUAAGAAUAGAAUUGUUAACUAUAUAUUUUCUUGACUUUCAUCAGUUUCUAAAAGAAAUCUAAUUUAAGUGUAUUUAUUGAGUUCUGGUCAUAGGUCAGGAACUGCAUGUCAUGCUUACGGACGUCCAGAACAGUCAUUGGGAAACUUAAUGACUUAAGACCUUCUGAAUCAUUUAACUUAUUUUGUAUGUUGCAAAAAAAAUUUAUUUUGCUUGAGAGUCACAAUUUUUAUAACUGUACAGCUUUUAAGGGAUGGGAGGUGGAAAAAUACCCUAAAAUAGGAUGUAGAUUUUUACAAUUGUGUUUAUGCUAGAACAUCUACAGGUGCAUUAUGUAAUUAAACCUAAAAUUGUCUAAAAAUCUGUGCCAUGGUCUUUUUCAUUCUCCUGCCCUUUAGCAGAGUUGGUGCAUGUCAAUACUGUUAGAUGGACAAGCCUUGAAAUUAGGCUAACAACCCUUCUCUCCAAAGCUUUAAGAUCAUUGCAUGAAAAUUAUACGCACGCACACCCACACACACACCACACACUAGAUGCGUACAUAUACACUCAGAUCUAGUUUUUUUAGUGUAAAUGGAUUUUCAACUUCAGAACAGCUAUAAUAACCCAAAGCUGGCAUUUAACAGUAUAUUCUUAAAAGUGUGUGAUUUUUGUGAUGACUGACUAGGAUAUUCUUAAUGUUGGUCUGGUGUUUUGUUCUCUUACCAAAGUAAUUUCUUGAUAAUGAUAUCUGAAUUGUAGCUUGUCCAAACCUGCUAGGAGGCUUUGUAUACACCUUGAAAAUGAGUGCCCUAUACUUAGAUGGGGGUGAGGGUGGAGCUAAGCUUGGUUUCUCUUCAAUCUGUUAGAAGGAAAAAUAAGAUUUGCUCAAUUAGCUACUUAUUCAGUAGGCUUAAUUCCACAGAAAUAGUUGUCUGUUGGAAGCAUAGCAGGACGAGAGAUCAGAUUCAAAUUCAAAUUCCCUCAUUUUAUCAAAAGUAUUUUCAAAUCAGGUAGUGUUGCCAAUUCUAAGGCUUUUUUUUACAGGGCACAUUUUAUCAUAUUAACACACCUUUGUUUAAAUGCCAGUACUUUUUAGCAUCUGAUAAUUUGCCAUUCUAAUUUCUCACUUUUUGUAGCACAAAUGGAUUCUUGAAGAAUGAAAUUCAUCUAAUGUGUCAAAUUUUAUCUAAGCUGUCAUUAUCUGUUGUCAGCUGAUGUGAGAUCUCAGUUUCUUUGCUGUCCUCACCUGUUCAUGAAUUUCAGGGAAUCAUGUUUUUCCAGGUGAAGAAAGAAAACAAAUUCCAUAUUAAAGUUUGUAAAUGGCAUAAGUUAGGUCUUCAUUUUUAUUUAGUAAUAGUAGCUGGGAUUCCGGGAGUGUUUGAUAGCCUGCCUCUUGGAUUUUCAGACAUGCUAUAUGAAAUGCUUUAUUUUUCCUAUGCAUAAAAAAUGAUUCCCAGAAUAGGUGCUCAGAAUGCUUUAUUUUGUUCCUAAGUGAUGAGAGCUAAAGCAGAAGCUCCAGAUUAGCAUAAAACAGUUGAGGUGAUCAGGAACAUGCUGUUAGGCAAAUAGGAGGAGCUGGAGUACUCUCUGCCACUUUUAAUGCAUGCGUGAGGGGGGAAGGGAUUUGAAAACUGGAAAUGUGAUUUCAGUAACUGCACAAAGUAAAUUUUGUGCAUUAAAAAAAAUGGGAAUUCCUGAUAGCUUAAAGCUUCAGGAGUUAGCUGCAGUGUAUGAACACCUAGUGUGUUAGAAUCACAGUGCAUAGUUGUUUAAAAACAAUAUUCCUGUAAGUAACAACCAAAAUAUGUUGUGGCCAGUGCCAAUAUUUUUGUUAAUGAAGUGUUCAAUGUCUCACUACAGUCUGAUCAGAAAUAUUGGUGUUAUAAGCCAGGCCUAAAGCUAUUUUAUAGUUCCUGGCCUAACUCUGUAAUUUUUUCUUUCAAAAUGUUUUAUUAUAUUUCUGUCAUUUCUUUCACUUAAUAUAUGUCAAUUGUCAUAAUAAAAAAAUUAAAUAAUUUGAUGUAUUUAGCAUGAUUUGUUUGCAAACCUAGUUUAUUUUAAACUGACACAGAGAAAGCUAAUUAAAGGGUGAACUUUAUCACUCAAAACGGAUGAAUUAUUCUAUUAGAAAUUAAAUUUUUAAGUUCAUCAAUUUCUUCCAAGUAAUCUUUAAGGCUAUUUGCCAACUAGGCUAACUAUAGAUACUAGGAAGAUAGUCUUGAUUUCUAUCUUUAGCCUCUGGAGAACUGACACAUUAAAGAGGCCUUGGAUUUGUUCUGUGUGGCCCUGUGGGAGCACAAAACUAGACCAGAGGGAAGAAACCAUAAGGCAAAAGCUUUCCAUUUAUUCUGUGGGAAAAGGUUUGGUUUUUGUUGUUGUUUUUUUUUUGUUUUUUUUUUUUGUUUUUUUUUUCAGAAUUCUCUAAUAACAAUCUUGGGAUAGCUGAGUUUAGUUCGUAGUGCCAUUUGGCAGGAGUAUUAUAGGCCAACAAAUUCAAAAAGGGGUAAGACCAGGUGACUUUAAGGGACCAUUCUAAUCCUGAGUAUGAUUCUCAUCUACAAAUGUUGAUUUGAUAGAUUUUCCUUGCUCAUAGAAUACAGUAAGAUUCAUGGGGAACUUAUUUUUUACCAACAAACUACUGGGGGGUUCAUCACUAUUUGCAAUUCUGAUUUAAAAUAUUAACUAGGUAAAGAGAUUAGAAUUUGAAUUUCACUUAAUGAAGUGAUAGGUGAUGUGUGCUGGCAAGAAAUAACAGCUACAAUGCUUCUCUAUGAUUAUUUGAAAUUUUUAACAGGAAGUGGAGGUGACAGUGCUGUAAAGCCUUGACAGAAUGCCGUGAGGUUGAGAUUAGGGUCCAGAACAUAGCCAUCAGCCUAUGUCACUUUCAGAUGAUGAGACGAGAGCAUGUAGAAGAGUUUUCUUUUUAAAAACUUGAGACAUGCUGUGAUGUUUAGUAAACGUGGGAUUAUUUUAAAUACAAUGAAAAUAUCCUAGAAACUAAAUGUUGGGUGAAAGGAAUGCUUACCUCGUUUUGCUACUUCAGUGACUUUACAUGUUAUUGAAGAUCCUAAAAGUCUAAAUGAAAAAGCAAAAGAACCACUUUGUGUAUGUGGGUAUGUGACUUGAUAUUUGCAAUGUUAGUUUAGCAUCUAAAGUCAUAUCCCCAAGGAAAGUUAUCUAGGAACCGACUCAUCCAUGGUGUAGGCCACCGAUAGCUUUUAUUGUUCCUCCUGCCCAUUUCAGGGCCACUUUAUCCACACCCCAGCACUCAUUCUCCUCUUCAUCCUGACUCUAAGAAGGAGGGCUCGCCUCUGUUUUGCUACAUCCACUCUCCCUGUGUCCUUGAUCUGGCCCCAUCACUCCUGUGUCCUCUGGAUCUUCACAUCUCAAUGAUUCGUCUCUGAUCUUCAUCCUUCUAAACUCUCUAAACAAAGCUCCCCCUAACAUGGAAAACAAGGGUGCCACCCUGUCUCACAUUCAGCGUUCCAACUAUUUCUUCUCUGACUUCCAGUCCUUUAAAUAAAUAGAUUAUGGAACUGUUCAACUGUAUUUGAAAUUUCUCACUGAAAUGUCAGAAGUUCCUGAGAGAAGUGCUAGGAAACCAGUAAGCAUCUCAGCAGCACACUCGAACGCCAGCCCUGGCAUCAGCUGAUGCAGAAACUGAAACUUAGAGUCAGGGAGCUGUUGCCCCCUUUUCCCUGCAUUUGUUUCCUAUUUUUUCUGUUGAAAUGUCCUUUUUUUUUUUCUUUUUGGCAUUGCUUGCUAGUGAGAAAUCAGUAAUUGUACCGUGAGCUCACAAUCAAAUAGUUCUUUAUACUAUCAUUUGGAAACAAAAAAUGAGAGGAAGGACUUGACUACUGAUGACAGAAUCUGAUUAGGACCUGUGCUAUCUCUGAAUUAAACCGUAAAAGGAGAUUUUCUGUAUUUCAAGGUGUUUUUUUCCAUAAGGAUGAAUUUUGAUGGUAACUAGGGUUUAGCUGCGACAAAGCUGACUCAGAGCUAGAAAAUCAGAAAGUUGGCUUUACAUUUGAAUUGUUUCAGAAGCGGAAGCUGAGAUUUACUGGGAGAUGCUGCAAGCAGAAUUAGGACAGUGGUAAAGAGGGAAGGAUGAAAAGCAAGGACCCAUAACCAGUAAAGCCACCAAGGGAGCUAAGGAUAGGUAGCAGUCUUUGGAUGAUUGCCCUCACUGAGACACAAUUAUUUUAUCAAUGGUAAUCGAUGUACCUAACUUGAUUGUAUCCAAAACAAACCACUUACAAAUUUUAUUUUAAAGCCUUUCUUGGUUUUUUAAAUUGAGAUAAAUUCAUAUCUCAUAAAUUGACCACUUAAAAGUAUACAAUUCAAUGAUUUUCAGUAUAUUCAAAGGUUAUUAUGACCCCCAAAAGAAACCCCAUAUCCAUUAGCCUCACCAUUCCUGCCUUCCCCCAACUCCUGGUAACCACUCAUCUACUUUCUCUCUGUAAGAUUUGCCUAAACUGGACAUCUCCUAACAAUGAAUCAUACAAUAUGUGGUAUUUUGUGUCUGAUUUCUUUCAUUUAGCAUGUUUUCAUGAUUUUAUCCAUGUUUUAGCAUGAAAAGUACUUAAUUUCUUUUUAUGGAUAUUUUGCUGUAUGGAUAUACCUCAUCUUGUUUUACCAUUCAUCACUUGAUGGAUAUUUGAAUUGUUUCUACUCAUGGGCUACAUUGAAUAAUAAACAUUUGGUGUGAACAUAUUUUUUUAAUUUUCUUAAGAACAUACCGAGGAAUGGAAUUACUGAAUCAUAACUCAUUCUAUGUUUCACAUUUAAGGAAGUAGUGAAUUGAAUACCAGACUCUUAAUAAAUACAUGAUUUGCACAUAUUUUCCUUG